ACUUUGUUAUUGUUGGUUGGGAAAAGUAACACCCAUGAAUCCCAUGAUCAGCCAUGGGCGCAUCUGAUUGGUUCGUUUGAGCAUCGGGCGGAACUAAUGCUUCAGCGCCAAUUCAAAUUUCCAUUUGAAAGCGUUUGUAACUGGAUUUGAAUUGCGGUUACUCGUCUGCUGCGUUGGACAAGUCACUGUCGGAAUCAUUCGCUGCCGAAAACAAUCUAUCGUCACUAUCAAAGAUUGCACUAAUAGACUUCAUCUGAAAGACUGCACCAUUGGAUUUGGAAACUACAAUCAUGGAUAUUCACAAAAAGAGCAACAAGGAAAACGCUCGUCCCAAACUUGGACAACAGAAGGUCGUCACAUCAUUUAUCAAAAGAACAGCUCCCGGGAAAACUGCGCCUUUGCAGUCCAAGAAUGAUGGGACGGUUGAGAAGAGGGCGGAACCCACAAAAAAGGCCGAACAGAGAGCCACAAGGGCAGCCGCUGCUAAACCAGCAGCAGAGGCCAAAAAGCCCCAAACACUGACACAGACCUUCCUCUCUCAACAGUCAGCCAGUUAUAAAAAGCUGCUAACGCAAGGUCCAAAGCCUGCACCCUCCGCUCCUCCAAAGUCUCUACGUGGCACCUACAAGGGCAAGGUCGUCCAGUCCAAGGUGGACUGUUUCAGGAAACCCGGUGAAGCCACAACUGCAGCCACCACUGAUAAAAAGGUGUUCGCAAAGCCAGCCGUACCCAAGGCUGUCGGCCCGACGCCAGCGACGUUGUCAAGGGUCAAGUCAAAGUCUGUUACCACGUUGCCUGUGAAGGCCGCACCUGCUGUCUCCCAGAUUCAACCACGCAGGCCCAAGUCAGUCACCGACGUGCCUCUGAGUCACCCGGCGAGUAAAACCAACCACGGCCAACCACAAACGGUUGCCACCGUGCGACAGUUCCAGGUCAUCAAGCGGCCGGCCACUGCCCGUCCGGUCCCAACAGCGUCGGCGUCGACCAGGCCGGUGACUGGACCGAAGGUGAGGCCUGUCCCUGCCACGGCCAAGAAGGCGAAUGAGCAGUCGAGUCAGAACGUCAGAAAACCACCAGUCACCUCCACGAAUCAGCGCCCCUCACGCAAGCCUGUCACAAGCACGCUCAGUCACACCAGGGUUGGCAUGGAAACAGUGGAGGAGAGAAGAGCAAAGUUAGCUGAGUGGUUGGCUGCCAAGGGCAAGACCCUGAAGAGGCCCCCCAUCCACAACAGCGCACAGCCGACCCAAAGGACAAGACCUUUUGUCGUGUCCAAAGCGGACCUUCAGCAGAACCAGGAGCCCGUUGAGCCUCAUGCCGCUGCUGCAGAGCCCAGUCCAGUUCCGGAGGCCGCCGAGGCAGAACCAAGGCCGGCACUGGAAGUGGAAGCUGUGGCUGAGCUGGAGACGGUGUCAGUGGAGGAGGAAGAGGGGCCGGUCAUGAACACGACGCUGGACAUGGUGGACAACUGUGAGCUGGACCUGCCAGAAGUGGACGUAUGCAUGGAAAACCUGGUGGUGAACCUUUGCGAGGCCCUGGAAGCCAUGGAGACACCCUCUACGUGUCAAAGUGCUGAACAACAUGCUGGUGAGAAGGACACAGUAGCAGAGCAGGAAGCUGCGGGGAUGAAGGUGCAAGUAGGGGAGGAAGAUGAGGAAGACGAGCAGGACGAGAUUAAAGAAGCGUCUGCAAACAAGGAGACAGACGACGAGACGUCGACAGAAGAGAAAGAGAGUUCGGGCGAAGAUUCCGAGUCGGAGAUGGAGGCCGACUCGAUCGAGGGGUCAGAAUCAGGCAGCGACACACGUGAAGCAGCUCAGGCAGAGCCUGCCGUUGCAGAGCAAAAAGUGAAGGCAGAAGAUGAAGACGAGGAGGUGGAGAACUGUGCCACAAAAACCCCAGAAUGCAAUGGGGCAUCAGUGGUGAAGUUCAGCGUGAGGACGACCCCUUACCUACAGAGCGUUAAGAAGCGCAUCGACGGCGAAACAUCAUCAUCAGUUGCUGCCCCCUCCAGCUGCAGUUCGUCCCGGCGCCAACGGCAGAGCGGCGCGGCCGCCAUCGGCGACCUGAAGUUCCUGACGCCCGUGCGUCGCUCGCGCCGCAUCGAGCGCCAGUCUGCGCGUCUGCCCGCCGCCCUGACGGACCACGACCCCUGCGUGACCUCGCUUGCUGAGCUGGCCAGGCUCGAGGGCGGUGACGGCGAGGCCCAUGUCGGCAUGGCGACGGCAGCCAACGCCUACAUCUACAGGCGGAACCCAGCGCUGCUCGACGAGUUGCCUGACGGAGACCUGACCCGUCUGUAAGGACACGCCUGAUUGAGUGUAAGACUGGCUAAAUACACCUGAUUCAACCAAUCACAAGCCGUUUUAAGGGUCUCAAAAUUGUAUCUUGCUUUUGAUUGGCUGUAAAGCACAACCUGAUGCAACCAAUCAAAAUUAUAUUUCCUUGCUGGCAGAACUCAUGUAUGGCAUGUACAAAUAGGAUCAGGUAAACAGGAAGUCGAGCAGGUAUACAACUGACCAGUCAACAUGUAAUGCAUUUUUCUAUGGGCACUUUGUAUCAGAAGGUAAAGGAUAAGCUUUGCUCUUUUAUAUAUAUACUAUAUAUAUAUAU